AUGGCAGAUGAGUCAAUACCUAUUUGUGGUGGCAUUUCACCGGUGUCCGAUUUUAAAGAUGUUGAGAAGGCCCUAAAUAAUUCUUUGUCUAAAUUGGCUGGUGGUGAUGGACCCAAUUACAAAUUGGUGAAAAUUUACUCAGCAUCGAAGCAAGUUGUUUCGGGUACACUAACCCGAAUCGAGGCAGAUCUUAUGGAUGAAAAUGGCCAGAUAAAAAGAUUUAAAAUUUCAAUUUGGUCGCAACCAUGGUUGAAAAACGGCAUUCAAGUUACAUUUGAAUGCGAUGGGGAGCCAGCUGUGGUCAGAAGUCAUGAUCCCUGA